UCAGAUGCGCUCAGCGUUCAGCGCGAGAGACACUAGAAAACCCUGAUGGCCACCAGCGCGAGGGACUGCGCUAACCAGACGACUAGCGCGCGCUCCCAUCGCAGCCUCUGCUCGAAUGUGAAGCUCCUCUAGCGAAGACAGAAUCAGCUUUUGGAAUAGCGCAUUGUUUUUAUUUUGCUGUCCAUUCAACACCAGAGUAGGUGAUGAUGCAUCUGCGAUGGUUGGCUUCGCUUUUAUGCGUCUCUGGACUGAUACACGGCGUUGUCUCCACCAAUCCCCAUCGAAACGGAGACGCCUUGUCGAACGCGAAGGCUCUUCGUGAUGCGAGCAGGUUCGUCGGGAAGGAGGACACGGUGCCGCUGCGCCUGCUCUACAGCAUGCACAACCACAGCCAAGUCAUGCACGAUGUCCUCAACACGAGACUGAAAGCCAGUUCCGGCUCGAUACAGGUAAACCAUGUGGCCCAAGCCAGCUUUCAGGUGGACGCUUUUGGUCAGAAGUUUAUCUUGGAUGUGGAGCUGAACCAUGACCUCCUGUCUUCACAGUACCUGGAGAGGCACAUCUCAGAAAACGGAAAGGCAGUCAGCUCCAAGGGAACGGAACACUGUUACUAUCACGGGAAAGUGCGGGACAUUCCAGAGUCCUUCGUGGCUCUGUCCACCUGCCAUGGGCUUCAUGGGAUGUUCUUCGAUGGGAAUCACACCUACAUGAUCGAGCCUGGAGGAGACAGCAGGAGUACUGAAGACGUCCAAAUCCACAUGAUAUAUAAAUCGGCUGGACAGGAUGGUUUAGCUGACUUCCUCCUUAAUGGCGAGCACCCAGAACCCCCCUUCCCCAGCCCUCCAUUUCCUGGGUCGAAGGUCGUUCACAGGAGGAAGAAAAGACAGGCCCCGGGCGUGUCCCACAGUGUGGAAGAGGAGGCUAAAUACAUUGAGCUGAUGGUGAUCAACGACCACCUGAUGUAUAAGAAGCACCGGCUCUCAGUCGGACAGACGAAUAACUACGCUAAGUCCGUGGUCAAUAUGGCUGACAUGAUCUUCAAGGAGCAGCUGAACACUCGCAUCGUGCUCGUCGCCAUGGAAACGUGGGCGGCCGACAACAGGUUCAACAUCGACGACGACCCCAUGGUGACGCUGAGGGAGUUCAUGAAGUACCGGCGAGAUUUCAUCAAGGAGAAGUGUGACUCUGUGCACCUGUUCUCUGGGAAUCGUUUCCAUAGCAGCUGGGGUGGGGCUUCCUAUAUGGGCGGAGUCUGCUCCCUGACAAAAGGGGGAGGAGUCAACGAGUACGGCAAGACAGAUGAGAUGGCCAUAACCCUUGCCCAGUCGCUUGGGCAGAAUGUUGGCAUCUUCUCAGACAAGAAAAGGAUCCUUAAUGGCGAGUGCAAGUGUGAUGACCGUUGGUCUGGCUGUAUCAUGGAUGAUGUUGGCUUCUACCUGCCUAAGAGGUUCUCUGACUGCAACGUGGAGGAAUACCACAACUUCCUCAACAGUGGAGGUGGAGCCUGUCUGUUCAACAAGCCUUUGAAGCUGUUAGAUCCUCCAGAGUGUGGGAACGGCUUUGUGGAGCCGGGGGAGGAGUGUGACUGUGGGAGCCCUGCGGAGUGUGUCAGGGAGGGAGACAGCUGCUGUAAACAGUGCACCCUCACUCACGGCUCCAAGUGUAGCGACGGACUCUGCUGCAACAACUGUCAGAUGGAGUACAUGGGUGUGGUGUGCCGGGAGGCGGUGAAUGAUUGUGACAUCCCAGAGAACUGCACCGGGAACUCCAGCCAGUGCCCCCCGAAUGUGCACAAGAUGGACGGCUACAGCUGUGAAAAGGACCAGGGCCGUUGCUUCAACGGGAGGUGCAAGACCAAAGAUAGACAGUGCAAAUACAUCUGGGGCGAGAAGGCAACGGCAGCAGACAAGUUCUGCUACGAGAAGCUGAACAUCGAGGGCACGGAGAAGGGCAACUGUGGGAAGGACAAGGACACCUGGAUCCAGUGUAACAAGCAAGACGUGCAUUGUGGGUACCUGCUGUGCUCCAACAUCUCCCCGGCGCCCCGGCUGGGGGAGCUGCAGGGGGGACUGACGUCCUUUUCUGUGGCCCAGCACAGCGCUUCCCUCGACUGCAGCGGGGGACAUGUGAUGAUCGACGGUGACAGUGACCUGGGCUACGUGGAGGAUGGCACGGCCUGUGGGACAGACAGGAUGUGCUUCAGCCACAGGUGCCUCCCCGUGCAGCAGUUCAACUUCAGCACCUGUCCUGGGACCAGCGACAAGAUAAUCUGUUCUGGACAUGGGAUCUGCAGUAAUGAGCUGAAGUGUGUGUGUCACCUGGGCUGGGCUGGGGAGGACUGUAACUCCACCUCUCCCCUCAGCUACCUGGUGGUGGGUCCCACCCCCUCUGCUACAGGUAUCACCAGCACAAACAUCAUCAUCGGGGCCAUCGUUGGUUCCAUCAUCUUCCUGGCUGUGGUGCUGGCCUUCACUGCCUGGGGCUACAAGAGCUACAGACAGAGAUGCUAUGCAGAGUCAGAGGUGCACAGGAGAUUCUGCCGACAAAUGCCCCCAGGGGAAUACGUGAAGAAGCCUGGCGAUGCAGACUCCUUCUACAGCGAUAUGCCCCCUGGGGUCAGCACUCACUCAGGCUGCAGCUCCAAGAAGAGAUCUAAUGGGCUGUCCCACUCCUGGAGUGAGAGAAUCCCUGAUGCCAAACACAUCUCUGACAUCUGUGAGAACGGACGACCAAGGAGCAACUCGUGGCAAGGACAUCUGAGUGGCAAUCGCAAGAAGCUGAAAGGGAAGAGGUUCCGUCCUCGCUCAAACUCCACAGAAACGCUGUCCCCAGCCAAGUCUCCCACUUCCUCCACGGGGUCCAUAGCGUCCAGCCGCAGGUACCCCUACCCCCUGCCCCCCCUCCCUGACGACCAGAGGAAGGCUAACAGGCAGAGUGCAAGGCUGUGGGAGACUUCAAUAUAAGAGACCUGGUAUUGACUGCAGCUGUGGGAGACUUCAAUAUAAGAGUCCUGAUGUUGACUCUGCAGAAGUACUUAGGAACUACAUUUUCGUCUGCUUUUCUAUGAACUGAAAAAAAAAAAAAAAAGCUCACAAAAUUUACACAAAAUGAUAAAAAAUAGACCACCUGGUUGGAGCAUGGAAGAGGUGUAUAAGCAAGGUCCUCUGAGCCUAGCAUGCUCUGGGUGUCACCCUGCAGCCUAGCUGUGCUCUGGGUGUCACCCUGCAGCCUAGCUGUGCUCUGGGUGUCACCCUGCAGGCACACUGGCUCUUCACACUAGUGGAGCUCAGAUCUGCUCCAGAUCCAGAACACAACAUCUGUCUGGCUCCACAUCGCUCCCAACAAGACCACACAACCUCUCCCCCCAAACCACCCUUACCUACCCUCUCUAGCCCCAACCCUGACCUCUCUCUAGCCCCAACCCUGACCUCUGUCUAGCCCCAACCCUGACCCCUCUUUAGCCCCAACCCUGACCCCUCUUUAGCCCCAACCCUGACCCCUCUCUAGCCCCAACCCUGACCCCUGUCUAGCCCCAACCCUGACCCCUCUUUAGCCCCAACCCUGACCCCUCUCUAGCCCCAACCCUGACCCCUGUCUAGCCCCAACCCUGACC